AAUAAUUUUUUUCACCAAUCGUUGCAACUAUCUACUUCUGAUACAUCAUUGUCUUCAGUGUAUUCGAUAAACAUGAAGAAGAUAGAAAAGUAUUGGGGUGAUAAAAUUAAUCCUUAUAAAUCCAGUGUUAAUGGAGAUGCUAAAGAUAAAUUUUACAUUCUUUCUAUGUUUCCAUAUCCAUCUGGUGCCUUGCACAUGGGUCAUGUUCGAGUUUAUACAAUAAGUGACACUGUAGCUCGAUUUUAUAGACUAAAAGGCAAGAAUGUAAUUCAUCCAAUGGGCUGGGACGCCUUUGGAUUGCCAGCGGAAAAUGCGGCUAUUGAAAGACAAAUCAAUCCUGCUGUAUGGACAACUGAAAAUAUAAAGACAAUGCGUAACCAAUUAAAAAUGUUAAAUUAUUCUUUUGAUUGGGAUCGAGAAUUUGCAACCUGUGAUCCAGAUUAUUAUAAAUGGACUCAAGAACUGUUUCUAAAGUUAUUCGAUAAAGGUUUGGUCUAUCAAAAGGAAGCUUACGUUAAUUGGGAUCCUGUCGAUCAGACUGUAUUAGCUGAGGAACAAAUAGAUGUAAAUCAACGAUCUUGGAGAUCUGGUGUACUUGUUGAAAAAAAAUUGUUAAAGCAGUGGUUUAUUAGAACAACAGCUUUUGCAAAAUCAUUAUUGGAGGGUUUAAAUGAUCCAACCUUGAAGGAAUGGAGAGAUAUUACAAAGUUGCAAAAACACUGGAUAGGUGAUUGUAAUGGCAUUAAUAUUGAUUUUAAAUUAGUAUCCGAAAUUCCAGAGUUUCCAAGAACAUUAAAUAUAUGGAUUGACACACCAGAAUUUGUAGAAUACGCAAAGUUUGUUGCUAUAUCCUCUCAAAGUAUAUUAAAUCGUAAAGAGCAUACAUAUGAAAUAGAUGUUGGAAUAAAAAGUUUAAAUGCAAAAAUAAUAAAUCCAUUUUCCGGUGAAGAGUUGCCGGUUUUUAUCACUGACAAAGUUGUUUACCCAUCAUGGAGAGAUGUUCGCUUGGGUAUUCCUUCGGCAUCAAUGGACGAUUUAAAAUUUUCGGAGUUAAUUGGAAUACCAUUUACUCGGCAUUCAAUACGUAGCUACGAACAGCAACAGCAGAAGAUAUCCGAAGUAUUCCAAAAAGCUAGAGAAUGGGGUAUAGGCGGAUAUCCAGUAAGCUCAAAAUUGCAGGAUUGGUUAAUCUCUAGACAGAGGUAUUGGGGUACACCUAUACCUAUUAUUCAUUGUACAAAUUGUGGCACACAACCUGUACCUCGUAAUCAACUUCCUGUGAUAUUGCCAAAGAUGACGCACUCAAGCUCGAAUAAAAGAUUCUCGAUCCAAGAUAUGAAGGAUUGGUUGCAGACGAAAUGUCCUAAGUGUGAAGGAAAUGCUACUAGGGAAGCCGAUACAAUGGACACGUUUGUAGAUAGUAGCUGGUAUUUUCUAAGAUUUAUGGAUCCCAAAAAUACAAAAGAGAUGUUUUCGGUAGAAAAAGUUAAGGAAAUGUUUCCCGUAGAUCUCUAUAUAGGUGGAAAAGAACAUGCCGUGCUGCAUUUAUAUUUUGCCCGAUUUAUGAGUCACUUUCUGCACUCAGAAGGUCUUUUACCAUACCGAGAACCAUUUAAACAGCUCCUCGUGCAAGGAAUAGUAAUGGGUAAAACAUAUCAAGUUAUAAAUACUGGCAAAUACAUACUAGAAAAUGAAGUGUUGAAAGAAGGGGAUCAGUACAAAACGAAAUCCGGAGAACUCGUCUCCAUGCGCUGGGAAAAAAUGUCAAAAUCAAAGCUUAAUGGAGUUGAUCCUCUCAUUCUGUUGAAUAAAUAUGGAAUAGAUACGACAAGAUUAUUAAUAUUGGCCGAUGUUGCGCCAACAUCCACUAGAAAUUGGUCAGAAAAUACUGUUACAGGUAUAAGCAAUUGGCAAAACCGUCUUUGGACUGUUGUUAAACGAUUUAAAACUGAACGCAACAAAAUAUCUUUGGAGGAACUCGAAAGCAAACCUACUAAUCCUAAAUACGCUGAACAGGAUGCAUACAUGUUUGACAGCCGGAAUUAUUUUCUAAAAAACGUGACAUUUAACAUAGUAGAAUCGCAGCAACUUAGUAUAGCAAUAUCUCGACUGCAAGGCCUUACAAAUAGCUUACGAAAAGUUGACUUGGAGUGUCUAAGAAAAAGUCGCGAAUUCGAGCGAGCGUUAGCUGUUCAAAUUAUAAUGCUCGCUCCAUUCGCUCCACAUUUUGCUUCUGAGUUAUGGGCUAUAUUCUGUUCUGCUAAGUAUCAUCUUAUAGAUAAUACUGAAGUUGACUUAAACAAAACUAUAUUUGAACAGAAAUGGCCAGAUAUUGACAUGGAUUAUAAUCUUGUAAUGAAUGUUUUUGUAAACCAAAGAAAAUUUCUCAAAAUGAAAAUUCCUCGACGUGAAUUGGACAAAAUGGCGGCAGAUACAGCGUUAGAAUAUGUGAUCCUCCAUCCGUAUUAUCAAAAAUAUUCGUACAAUAAAAAUGUUGUAGGUGUCAAUUUUAAAGCAGAGAAAAGCUGUGAUGCGUCGUUGUACAUAACCAUGGAAAAACAGAAAGAAGAUUAGAUAAAAAAUAGCAUUAUUUCAAUUUGUACACAUAAGAUAUUGAUAGAAAUUUAUUAUAUUUAUUAAGACAAAAAUAUUUAUUACAAAGAGAAACAACAAAGUUUUUCAACUAAAA